GCUCUUGCACGCAAUGUGCAAAGGACGGCAAAAAGUCAAAGUCAAGAUGCCCAAGUCGAAAGUCCCACGGCAAUGUUUGAUCGGUUGGAGCAAUAUUUUUUGAUGAAUUCUGCCGCCAUACUUCGACCCUCAAUUAGUAAAUGCCGUUCUUCAUCUUUUCCUUUCAAUCGCACCUCAUCUCAGUGCUCGACAGGGCCCUAUUUAUUUGAUUUCAAAGGCACCUAGUUGUGAGCUCAACUUCACAACCGGAUAGUACGUCUCCGUUGAGCCGUCGUGUCGUUUCCAUUUCCGAAAAUCCAAUUACAUAGCACUCUAAUUAUGUAUCCAUUAGCACGCGGUUGGUUUCCCGUGGCAAUUCUGGAUUUUCCACAAUAGAUAUAGGGUUUUCAAAUCCAUCUGCGAAAUCAAAUCCCACUCUGUAUCCUUUCCUUUCUCCUGACCACUUCUGAUACCCGCUCCUUGUCGUCCGCCAUGGCGCAAUCGGUCACAACAGUGUCUCCGGAGGUGACAAUUGAUAACACGCUGGGUGCUCUCUUUGUCGGAUUUGCCAUGGCUUGUUGUAUCUAUGGCAUUCUCUUGAGUCAAAUCUACACAUAUCUUGCCAAUUAUCCAUUGGAUAGACCGGUCUACAAGUUCAUCGUCCUGUUAAUCUUAACUCUAGAAACAGUAGAUCAAGCUCUUAUUGGCCAAAUUUAUUAUCAUUAUGGAAUCUCGAACUUCUCGAAUCCUCUUACGCUUAUAGAGGGAGCUCAAACAUGGUCAUUCAUUUUACAACAAACAUUGGGGUCUGUCGUGGGCACAAUAGUCAAGAUCUCCUUUGCACUGAGAGUAUGGCGCUUCAGUCAACGAAACUUCUGGAUCACCGGCUUGAUCAUGGUUCUUGCUAUCGGUGGCUUGUCCUUGUCAAUUGUCUUCACUGUAAAAUCGUUUAUGCUUCCAGAUGUAUUUUCGGUUGUGAGGUUGCGCGUCUUAGGAACUAUCGCGCUUGGUGUCGGAGUCCUAACAGACAUUGUCACUGCUCUUGCUCUGUGCUACUUCCUCAAUAAACUGCGUACCGGUUAUCGCCAAUCUGAUUCUCUGGUCAGCAGUCUAAUAAAAUAUGCAAUUAACACGGGCGCUUUGACUAGUGUCAUCAGUGUUACUACGGUGGUUCUAUACAAUCUCAUGCCCAGUAAUCUCAUCUUCAUCGCGGUAUUUUUCAUUCUGAGCAAAUUGUAUGCGAUUUCUUUCAUGGCAACACUGAACACCCGUCGCGUGGUUCGUGGAAGGGGAACAGAUAAGCAAAACACAACUACAAACCGUACAAAUAUGUUUCACUUGGGAACGAGAGUACCGUCGAUGGGACCCACCGACAUGGAUGGCUGGGAAACAGCUUACACGACAACUAGCGCCACGAAACAGGAAAUUGAUCAACACCGUUCGAUACCGCUCAAUACGUUUGCUCCCCAAAAUACCAGCUUUGGAAAAUACUCAACUGAGGUUUGAUCAAAAUAAUUUGAAUGUAGGUAUAUGGAUUAUGUAUAUUAAUAGUUGUUCGUUCUGGCCCGAAAACAACGCUCAGACGUUGUAACUUGUAUUAGUUGUGCGUAGGGUAGCACAUGCAUUCGAUUUCGAUCGAUAUACCAUCGAAUCAAACGGAUACCAACCAAAUAGUGGGAGGGGGUUGGGCGGGUCAAUUUUUACUUGAAUUUUUGAACUGCCAUAUAUUCACGACCCAACCGGUAUAUUUCUUCCUGCGAUCGAGCCGCUAUUAAUUCCGCUUGUUCGCUCAACUUUUCAUAGCGAUGAUCAAGCCCUUUAGAAGGUACGUCCGUCAAGAUAGACAUACGCCGGAGUUUGUUCUCGGUCAAAACUGUUUUCAACAAUUACUAUGGUAAUUUAAGAUAUG